AUGUCCACCGAUACCCUUGUCCCCAUUCUCAUCUACCUCACCGGCGAGACCCGCACCAACGAGGUGGUCCUGGUCGACGAAAACGUCUCCUCCUUUGAGGAAUUCGCCGAAGCGCUCUACACCAGUCUGCGUCCCAAGAUUCCCGAUUACUAUCUGGAAAGCGGAGAGCGGAGCAUCACGAAGGCCUUUGUGACAUGGCAGCCUUCGGAUAUUUUCCCCCGGGAGACGGAAAUCGUGGAGGGGAACAUUCAGGCUGUUCUGAGGCUGCUCGCGGCGCGGAGAGGGGUCGAUACCGUUCGGGUGUGGCUUAAUGAGAUUGAUUAA